CUGCUUGCCUGCCGUGGAUAAAUUAUGCGUGACAUGUUUAGCUGCGCUGCCUUAUAUGGCAAGCACAGUAUCUGUGUACAGUAGAGUCAUGCCAAGUAGGAGAGAGAGGGAGAGAGAAACAGAGUGAAAGGAGAGUGGAGAUUUUACUUUCCAUGCAACUGCAGUCCUUUGAGUCUAUUCUCUACAGCAGGGUUGGUACUGUUUAAAGUGCCUGUCCUGGGGUGUGCUGCUGCUUGGACCUGCUUCUAAAGCAGCCUCUGCUUCUUGCCUUUGCUUUUGUGCCAACGCUGCCAGACCAGAGCACCAGGACAGCCUUCACACAACCACACAACUUCACCUCACCUAGUCGCCCUUAGCAACGCCCUUCUGACCCCGCCCACCCUCUCCCCCCUUCCACGCCCUCCACAAGCUGCCUCAUGCCGCUUCUCAAGCCCCACUGCCGACCCAUCUCAUAGGGGGAGACAUCCGGCCGAACCAGGACGCCAAGGGGUCGACUCCUCUCCUGCUGCGUGGGUGAGAGAGGAGCACUGUUGCCUCUCCUCCACCCCCCCCCCAACCUCCCCUCCUCUCUCUCUCCCUCUCUCUUUCUGAACCCCUGAUCGAUGAUGAGUUUCCCCAGCUAUCUGGAUUGAUAGUUCAGCUGAGGAGAGAGUGACGGACUGAGAGAGAAACACAGGGAGUGAAAGAGAGAGGAAGUGGCCUGUAGAGGGCAAACCUCUGGAGGGACAGUCACCGGAGGAACCAGACUGGCCUGAAAACAGGGGCUAAACAUGGAUCUCUGACUGUGGCUGAGUUCUUGGCCCUGCCGUACACACCAAUACAACAAUUCAACAGACAGUACAGAGUACUUUGAAGUGAUUGUUUCUGGUUUUUGUGUGUGUGUGUGUGUUUCCUUCACUUUGGGAUUGUUUUUUUUUUUUUUUUUCUACUUCCUCGUGCCAUUUCACAAGCACAACCUCACUCGUGCUCUCAGACAUCAUAUUGCCUGGAUUUUUUUUCCCCCCCGUUGCUCUUAAGCAACCCCCGAUCCAAAAUGGCAGUGAAUGUGACGCCAAUACGGGACACAAAAUGGCUGACAUUGGAGGUGUGUCGCGAGUUCCAGAGAGGCACUUGCUCUCGGCCAGACAGCGAGUGUAAGUUUGCCCACCCUGCCAAGAGCUGCCAGGUUGAGAACGGAAGGGUCAUUGCCUGUUUCGACUCUCUCAAAGGUCGAUGCUCUCGAGAGAACUGUAAGUACCUGCACCCUCCACCCCACUUGAAGACACAGUUGGAGAUUAAUGGUAGGAAUAACCUGAUCCAGCAGAAGAACAUGGCCAUGCUGGCCCAGCAGAUGCAGCUGGCUAAUGCCAUGAUGCCUGGCACACAGCUACAGCCUGUGCCCAUGUUCUCAGUCACACCGAGCCUGGCCACUAAUGCCACAGCUGCAGCCGCCGCUGCGUUUAACCCUUACCUGGGCCCAGUGUCUCCCGGCCUGAUGCCUACCGAGAUCCUGCCCAGUGCCCCCGUACUGGUGACCAGCAGCCCCAACGUCCCUGUGCCUGCUGCGGCCGCAGCCGCUGCCCAGAAACUCAUGAGGACAGAUCGAUUGGAGGUGUGUCGGGAAUACCAGCGAGGAAACUGCACACGAGGUGAAAACGACUGCCGUUUCGCCCACCCCGCAGACAGCACAAUGAUUGACACCAACGACAACACAGUCACCGUGUGUAUGGACUACAUCAAGGGCCGCUGUUCCCGCGAGAAGUGUAAAUACUUCCACCCGCCUGCACACUUGCAGGCCAAGAUCAAAGCCGCCCAGCACCAGGUCAACCAGGCAGCUGCUGCGGCUGCUAUGACUCAGUCGGCUGUCAAAUCACUGAAGCGACCCCUCGAGGCAACCUUUGACCUGGGAAUCCCUCCUGUUUUGCCUCCAUUACCAAAGAGACCCGCACUUGAAAAAACCAACGGUGCCACCGCCAUGUUUAACGCUGGCAUGUUCCAGUACCAACAAGCUCUCGCCAACAUGCAGUUUCAGCAGCAGGCAGCCUUCAUACCGUCAGGCUCAAUAUUGUGCAUGACACCUGCAACAAGUGUUGUUCCCAUGAUGCACGGUGCUACGCCAGCUACUGUGUCUGCAGCCACCACAUCUGCCACAAGUGUUCCCUUCGCAACAGCCACAGCCAAUCAGAUUCCAAUAAUAUCUGCAGACCAUCUGACUAGUCACAAGUACGUGACCCAGAUGUAGGAGUUCCAUCUUGAACAAUCAAUUAACCCUGCUGGUGUGCCGUCCAAAACUAAAGGCGACCCUUUAUAUUGGUAACAACAACGGAGAAAACAUUUUAAAACAGGAGACGAGAAAACAUGUCACCCUUUACGUGGAAUAACAUCAACAUGCAUGCAAAAAUUGUUUGGGAGAUUUGAUAGAGAUCUUGUAAACUCUUUGUACAGUUAACCGAGGAAUAUGGCUGAAAUAAACAUCAUGUCUGCCUUUAUAUAUCUAUACUGGGUGACACCACAGUCGAUGAACACCGCAAAGGGGGAGGAAGAUGUGGUGUGGUGUUAUCUUGUGUGAUAUUUUUUGGUACGUCCAUAGACCAAGAAAUACUUGUUCUUUUUUUGGGUUUUGUUUAGGUCUUUCAUUUCUUUCAUGGUUUACACAGUAAGAUUGCACCUUGUAUUCAAAUUGAGUGAUGCGGAUCGGAAAGGUGGUCACGUGUGACUAAAUCAGUUGUGCAUGCAGUGUUACAUUUGUAAGUGUCUUUGUUCUAAAUUAACUUGAUUGUACUGGGUAGGGCAGGGAGAUGCUUGCAAAAUGACAACUGAAUGUUAUGGUUCUACAACACAAAUAGUGUACCUUUUAAAGCACAUUGGAGCUUUAAUCUUCAUGUUGCAGGCUUCACAUCAAGUGCCAUAGACAAUACUUUCAUAUAAAAAAAAAAAAUACAUGAGCGUUGUUACAACAGUGUUAUAGUGUUCAUCUGAUUAUGCCUUUAGGUCUCCAAUAUAAUAUUUCUUUCUUUUUUUUUUCUUUUUUUUUGUUCUUUCUGCCAUUCACUAAUACAUUUGCACUUGUAUUAGUUUUUGUUCUUCAAAAAGUAAUUGUUAUGCCCCAAAUCAUGUGUUGACACGUGAUGGUUUGUUAUCAUGAUGAUGAUGAUGAAUGAUGAUGAUGAUGAUGAUGUUAGUAUUGGUAAUAUUUAUGUAUUGGUCCAGUUACGAUUCUUUUUUUUUUCUUUUUUUUUUAACGUUUUGAGGGUUUGCCUGGACCCUCUCUCACUCUCAAGUGUGAAGUCUAAAGAUUUUCAAGGCUUUGUGCAAAGAUUAAAAGAAGACAACCGCUCUUUUCCAAAUGCUGUACUAUAGUCCCUCUGGUUGUAUCAAAGAGAGGAAGGGACUCUAAAAAGAGAGAAAUGAACAACACUGAUCAGAUGCAUGUCAAACCAAAUUUAGCAGGGUGGGCUAUACAUUUUGUGUGAAAUGUAUGUGAAUAAUUUCAUUUCUGUUGUUUUUAUUUUAUAAAAAAUUUGUGCUAAUGGUCUGAUAUAUAUUUUUAGAAAACUUUGUGGUAACAAAAAUGAGUCUUAUUAGGGGUUUGGGUUGUGUUUCUUUUUUUUGUUUAUUUGUUUUGUUGGGGUUUUUUUUUCUUGGAGCAAAAAUUCCACCAAAGUUAUUUUGUAAGUGGUUUUUUGUUGUUGUUGUUUGUUUGUUUUUUUUGGCUGUAGGAGUUUUCUGAAGUCUUUGUCACUCAUCCGGGUGGCUACUCGAUAGGGCUGAGGCAAUAUGGAAUUUCUAGAAUUCUCUGCACUUUUCUGGUGUCAAGAGGGUGUUUCUAGGUGUUGUGAUGGAUUGAUAUAUGACAGGACAAUACAUGUGAUGUGGGCAUAAUUUAGUGAUUGUAUUCAUUAACAAAUAACGCCUUAGUCCACCACAGGUAAGCUUCACAAGGCAUGCCACUCAGUCAUGUGAAUGCUAAAUUGUCACAUAACCACACAUUGAAUUGUCUUUUCUUUGUAAAUGAUCAUAGUCGAUUUUAUUUUCCUCAUAACAUUGAACAUUUACUUUGUUCAUUUUCCAUAUGUGUCAGCAAAUAGGAAUGUUUUCUUUCACAUUACUAAACUUGGAUACUGUUUUAAUAUUGAAGUUUUGUUGUAUUAGAUUUUACUGAUAACUUUUGUAGAAUGUAGAAUCUUAGAAAUGAUGUGUGAUAUUUUUAUUUUGUUGUUGUUUGUUCUUCAUACCAUACUCUGUUUUGAAUUUAUGUGUAGUGUUGAUUUAGGUAUUAAUAGUACAAUUGUAAACUAAAUGAUUUUCAUUUUUAGUGAAAUGUAAGAAUUUUGGUUAUUUUUCCUUAAUUGUUUGAAUUCUCGAAAACAAACAUCUUUUAUAUUGAAAUCUUACAAUGAGGAAAUAGUUGCCAAGAGAGAAUCUGGGUUGCUGCUAUGGCAACAAGGACAGCUGAUAAUGGAAUAUUAUUUUAAAGAUCGUCUGGUUUGUAACUAGUCACUCAAAUUAGAAGAAAAUAUACAAGAUGAAAAUAUAGUUCAUAGAUGUUAGAGUAAAAUUAUUUUCUACUGUAUUCAUUUCAAAUAGUAACUAUUGUUUCAAUAUUUCCAGUCUCCCUGAACAUCAGGCCUUGUUAAAGAAAAAAAAAGAAAAAAGGAAAAAAAAAGCUGCAUAUUUGAUCACUCGUGGGGGUGAUGUGACUGGAGAUUGAGACUAGAAGAUGGGCGAUGCAGUGGAAAAGGGGCGACCCCUUUUUUGCUAAUACCGCACACAUCAUAGUUGGAAAGUAAGGGGAUGAAGGUUUACUUUUUGCACUUCUGUAUAUAGUCAAAAAAAAAAAAGAGAGAGAGAAUCAUGUAUAAUAUUGAGAUCUUAUUUUGAAUAAAAAAAAAUGUCUAUAAAUAAGAGGAAUUUUGUUAAGGAUAAUUCAAAAAAAAAGACAGGCUGAACAAAACUGCUUGCAAAAAGUGGCACAGAGUGCUGACUCUCGAACCCUUUCGGAAAAGGCAAAAUGUUGCUUUGCUUUUUUUGUCCGCAGCUUGUAGUUUGCCAGGAAACCUUCAGGUCGAGGUAACCCUCACCCUCCGGUGUAAGGGCCUACUUGGGGUUGGCCGGGUAACUCACCCUCACGGGUGUAGCUGGACCACACCCAAAAAGGUCCACUCACAAAAAAAAAAACAAAGAAACCAAGUCCUGUUUCUUUACUUCAUCCACAGAGGAAUGCAUGUAAAGGAAAAUAACAUAUACCUUGAGAAAACUUCACAACUGAGUAAUACUGAAUAAAUAAACUUAUUAUACAACUUAUUUACGGUAUACAGUAUAAUAUUAAUGUAAUGGACUAAAAAAAAAAAAAGAACAAAAACAUACAGUGGUUUACUGAGAAAAAAAAAAGAUUUCUAAGGAGAGACUCAGUGAGGUCUUAUCUCUAUUAGAGUAAUAACAUCUACAUACACACACACACACACACACAGAAACACCAUAGCUAUAAUUGCUUUUUCUUUCUGUUCAGGGAUUGUACUUUAAGCAGAUGAUGUAUUCGCAACCAAGUUUACAGGCACUUUAAAAUCAUGGAUGUCUGUACUUAAGAUGCAAGACACACAGGGAAUGAUUAACACUUCUCAUGAGUUGCCAAAGGGACUUUGUAUGGUAUCUUGGAAUGAAUAUGGGUACUUGGUUCUGGUUAUGAGUGACUGCAAGUGGUUGUGCUUUUCCAUCUGUUAAAAGUACACGCCUGAGUUUAUGAGACAAUGUAAUCUGAGACUUUUGGUUUUUUUUCUGCUUGUAGUGCUAAAUAAUGUAUUCUGUCCUCUGCUGCAAUUUGUUUCAUUUAGUGCUCUCUGAAAAGGUUUUUGUAAUUUAGCAAAAUGUCACUAUCCUCUGAUAAUGGCCUGUAAUUAAAAAAAAAACAAAAAAACAAAAAAACAAAACUGAUGCCUCAGUCUUAAGCCAUAAACAACUUUCAUGAAAAAAAAACAUGGAUUCAGUUGCAUGUGACAAUAAUACCGAGGGAAGGUAUCAGUGACAACCCUGGUUCUGCAUAUUCUCAGCAGUUUUAUUUUUGAAAUUACAGUAAACCUCUACAGUGGUCAAUGAAAUAUUUUUGAGUUCAUAAUGUGUCAAAUUGCAGGACAUUUUUGGAUGGAUAUACGCUACUUUAUGAAGACCUUUUCAACUUGCUUUUAAUGCUAUAUUUCAUUCUUGCUGUUAUGAAUUUAAAAAAAUGAAAUUAAAUAAAAGUGGACUUGCUUUUAGCA